AUGGAGCAGCUCACGCAGUUCGUGUCCAAGAGCUUCCAGGAGCCGGGCGGCGCGGCGGCCGCGGUGGCGGCGGCGGCCCGCUUCUGCCUGGACGUCGCCAUCCGCGAGCCCAUCAGCAUCCCGGAGGACCUGAGCACGCUGCCGACCAGCAUGACCAGCAUCUCCAUGAUGCCGUCGCCGCCGACGGACGGCCUGCAGCAGCACGGCAGCAAGCAGCGCCGCAGCCGCACCAACUUCACGCUCGAGCAGCUCAACGAGUUGGAGCGGCUGUUCGACGAGACGCACUACCCGGACGCCUUCAUGCGCGAGGAGCUGAGCCAGCGGCUGGGGCUGAGCGAGGCCAGGGUGCAGGUGUGGUUCCAGAACCGGCGCGCCAAGUGCCGCAAGCACGAGAGCCAGAUGCACAAAGGGGCGCUGUCCGCGGCCGGCAUGAUGCUGGGCACGUCCAGCCACCAGCACUCGACGCCGCCGCACAGCACGGCCGUGUCCACGCCGCUGGAGCCGUGCAGGGUGACGCCCUUCGUCAGCCUGCCCAGCUUGCCGAGCUUGCCGAGCUUGCCGAGCUUCUUCCCGCCCUUCUCCGCCUUCGACCCGGCGCUGCUGGCCCACCAGUACGCCGCCGCGGCCGCCGCGCUGGGCUCGGCCCCCGGCGGCCUCUACCAGUACCCGCUGGGCCUCGCCAACGGCCUCGCCGCGCUCGCCGCCGUGCACCAGGACCGGCUGCAGUCCAAGAACUCCAGCAUCGCCGACCUCCGCCUCAAGGCCAAGAAGCACGCCGAGGCGCUGGGGCUGGGCCGCGAGAAGGCAGUGUGAGGCCGGCCGAGGCCUGCACACCGUGAAGGCAGCGCGACACGCACCUGCCGUGCCGCGCCACUGUACAUAGGCUUCUCUGUUUCGUUGCUGUUUUAGUAAAGUAUUCAAAUUGUUUGUUAUAAUAAAAGCGCCUGUUACGUUAUCCCUGUCAUUCUUCCAAUACGAACACUACUGCCGAAAAACAGAAAUAAUAAUUUUAUGCAAUAAUUUUCUUUCAUUCAACCAGAUUGGAAUAA